AUGGGUCGUUCCUUUAAAAUUAGCGUACCAGCAUCCAGUGCUAACAUUGGUCCCGGAUACGACGUUUUAGGUAUCGGGUUGGCGUUGUUUUUAACUCUAGAAGUGAACAUCGAUUCGAAGAACGCUGCUUUGACCAACGAUGACAGAAACAACUGUAAGUUAUCGUACACACCAGAAAGUGACGGGUAUUCGACAGUACCAUUGGCAUCUGAUGAGAAUUUAAUUACAAGAACCGCCUUGUACGUGCUACGUUGCAGCGGGAUCCGUACGUUCCCAUCAGGCACUCAGAUUUUAGUUAACAACCCUAUCCCAUUAGGACGUGGUCUAGGUUCAUCAGGUGCGGCUGUUGUUGCCGGUGUAAUGUUGGCUAACGAAGUGGGGCAAUUGAACUUCCCAAAGCAAAGAAUGUUAGAUUACUGUUUGAUGAUCGAGCGUCACCCAGACAACAUUACCGCUGCGAUGAUGGGUGGAUUCGUAGGAUCGUUCUUGCGUGAUUUGACUCCUCAAGAAGUCGAGAGAAGAGAGAUCCCAUUGGCCGAGGUGUUGCCUGAACCAAGUGGUGGUGAGGAUACCGGUUUGGUACCACCUUUACCACCAACCGAUAUCGGUCGUCAUGUGAAAUAUAACUGGAACAAUAAGAUUAAAUGUAUUGCCAUUAUCCCGGACUUCGAGUUGUCCACUUCGGAUUCCCGUGGUGUGUUACCUCAGGCUUACACCACUAAAGAUUUGGUUUUCAAUUUACAAAGACUGGCUGUCUUGACCACUGCAUUGACGCUAGAUCCUCCUAACCCAGACUUGAUCUAUCCUGCCAUGCAGGACAGAGUACACCAGCCAUACAGAAAGACUUUGAUCCCAGGUUUGACCGAUAUCUUAUCCAGUGUCACUCCAAAAACCCAUCCCGGUUUGUUAGGUAUUUGUCUAUCCGGUGCUGGCCCAACUAUUUUGGCUCUAGCCACUGAAAACUUCGAGAACAUUGCCCUGGAAAUUAUCAACAGAUUCUCAAAGAACAAAGUCACUUGCACAUGGAGACUACUAGAUCUGGCCACUGACGGUGCCCAAGUGAUGCACUCUUCCUCAGCUUAG